AUGCGGCUUCAAAAAUCUCACUUCUCCCAGCCGCAAUCCCACGGCACGCCCGAGCAAACCCAAUCCGACGCAAUGCUAAACCCAGCGGCACCACCGUACUUGAGGUGUAUCUCGCCGAAUGGCUUCCACUGCUUCCCUGCCGCUGCUGCCUCCUCCCGCGCCCGCCUCCCAGAUCACCCUCGCCGCCGCGGGCGACGCGGCUGCCUCCCCUGUGCCUCCACCCCGGAGCUUGUAGUAGGAGAGCACCCCGUCCUCAAGCACGACCCACCGCCACGGCCACCCCCCCCUACCCGUAGUUCACCUACUUGUGCAGCACCCACGCGACCGCCGCCGGCUGCUGCGGCGGGGGAGGCGACUGCGGUGCCGCGGCGAGGAUGCGCGGGUGCUGGUGGUGGAGCUGGUCCGUGGCUUGGUCGAGCGAGACGGGCGCGGCAGCAGAGCGGGUUCAUCGCGACGACACCGCCCGCGGCCAUGCGGAUCGGCCGCUCCCCGCUCAGGGGUAGAAUGCUCCGCGCCCGCCGCUGCCGCCGCCUAGGGUUCGCGAGGUCAUGGAGAUCGCCGCAGCGGCGUUGCGGCAGUAGCAGUAGCAGCAGCAGGAGUACUAGGCAGUACCGCGGCUUUGGUGGUGGGUUUUGA